AUGGCCCAGAACGUCGUCCUCGAGACGACUAUGGGCGCCAUCACCGUCGAACUCUACCACUCCCACGCGCCUCGCACAUGCCAAAACUUCAGCACUCUAGCUUCGCGACACUACUACGACGGCACGAUCUUCCACCGCGUGAUACCAGACUUCAUGAUUCAAGGCGGCGACCCAACCGGGAGCGGACGAGGAGGUAGCUCGAUUUUCGGCGACAAGUUCGAGGACGAGAUCAGGAGCGAUCUGAAGCACACCGGGGCUGGGGUGCUGAGUAUGGCGAACUCGGGCCCCAAUACGAACGGGUCGCAGUUCUUUAUUACGCUGGCGCCGACGCCGUGGUUGGAUGGGAAGCAUACGAUUUUUGGAAGGGUGAAGAGUGGGAUGCGGGUGGUGCAGCGGAUGGGGUUGGUGAAGACGGGGGCGGAGGAUCGGCCGGAAGAGGAUGUGAGGAUUGUGAGUGCGAGGGCUGUGCAGGGGGAGGAGGAGUGA